AUGGCGACCGGUAGGAUAGAACUGGCUGCGGCCGAAUUCCCCCUCCAUGUGCCUGUGGGCAGCGCUGGGUACAUAGUGACGCUUGAGAUGAAGGACUACGAAGCCCUUCGCGACGAGAAGGCCGAGUUCACAGAACCUUGCUUCGACCUCGGCAUCGCGGACGGACCUCUUCCCGGCAGGCACUGCAGCGUCCUGCUUGUUGUGCGCCCUGGGGACUUGCUUUUGCCCGACGAGGAGCAGAUCGGGACCUUCUACCGCCACCUCGACCCCAAGACCUCCUCCAAGCUGCACGAGGAGGAGGCGGCCAAGUCGGGCAAGAAGGCGCGGGGGAGUGAUGGCUCGACCUCGACUAGGAUGGCGUCAAAGGCGGCUAUUGAGCGUCUGAAGGCGGCGGAGAGGGAGAACAAGAAGCUGAGGGAGGAGAAGCUGGUGGCGGAGAAGAGGCUGGAGUACCAGACGGCCCGGAUGGACACUCUAUUCGGCGUGGUCACGACGGCCGUGAACAAGCUCACGACGGUUGCCAACCGCGUGAACUCUCACGAGCAGACGUCGAGGACGAGCCUCCAAACGGCGGUGGACGCUAUGAGGGAGGUCGUCCAGGAGGCGGUGAACUAUCGCGGCUCCCUCGUAGAAUUCAUGAACGCGAAGUGGCUGCCCACCGUACAGGCUCUGCACUUGACGGCUGCUGCUGCGAACGAUAGGCGACGGGAAGACGACGUCGUGCUGUUGCGAGGUGUGGCAGAUGCGCUGGGCGAGACUAUCAAAACCGCCGUGUCUGCUGAGGUGAAGGCCGCCAUGGUGAGCGAGGCGCAGGGGAUCGCCGCCGUCGUGACUGCGAAAGUCGUCCAAGAGCUUAGGGAGGACCUGGUGAAGGCGGUCACCUCCGCGACCCAGCAGGGCCUUGGGGCAUCCGUGGUCGGGAAGCAGGGCGGGCAGCCAGUGGCGGACCAGAAUCCACAGCCCGAGGCCAGUCUGGCGACUGCACAAGGCGCUCGACCGAGCGGCGGCACGGCGCAGAUGACGGACGAGCUCCUGCACCUCGCAGCGGUGGUCGGCCAGCAGGGCGGGGAGCCCGUUGCGGGCCAGCAUGUUCAACCCUCGACGAGUACAGCGACUGCGCGACCGACCGGCGUCACAGCGCAGCUGGCGGACGACCUCAUCCGCCCCGCAGCGGUGGUCGACCAGCAGAGCGGGCGGCCCGUUGCGGGCCAGCAUCUUCACCCCGCGACGAGCACGGCGACGGCGACUGCACAAGACGCGCCACCGACCAGCGACAUAGCGCAGCUGGCAGACGACCUCCUGCGCCCCGCAGCGGUGGUCGGCCAGCAGGGCGGGCGGCCCGUUGCGGGCCAGCAUCUUCAUCCCGCGACGAGCACGGCGACGGCGAUUGCACAAGACACGCCACCGACCAGCGACAUAGCGUAG